AUGACUUGGAACUCCGACGAGGAAGCCUUAAAAGAUGAACCACCUGAAGAUGGCGCGUGCAGCGAGUCUCCCGAGCCUUCCUUACCUUCAGACGAGGAGCCCAUGGAGCCGCUGCCUGAAGAUGAGCCGCAAGACCAUUAUCUGUUACAUGUUUCAGCGACUUCAGGCGGCGAGUACGGAGUUAGCACGGCGCCUCUGUCCUCGCGCGCCAUGCAGCAGCUCGCGCUGGCGUGCUCCGUGAGGCUCGAGCGCCUCCGCCACUCCCCGCGCGCGAGCCAGGCGUGUCCCGUGACGUCACACCGCGAGCCGAGCCCCGCCAGCAGUGUGCAGGACGUGACGUCACAUCGCGAGCCGAGCCCCGCCGGUAGUGUGCGGGACGUGACGUCACACAGCGAGCCGAGCCUCGCCGGCAGUGUGCAGGACGUGACGUCACACCGCGAGCCGAGCCCCGCCGGCAGUGUGCAGGACGUGACGUCACAUCGCGAACCGAGCCCCGCCAGCAGUGUGCAGGACGUGACGUCACACCGCGAGCCGAGCCCCGCCAGCAGUGUGCAGGACGAGCCCGGUGACACACCCGCCGAGGAACAAGCCUACAUGUCCGAUGUAGAAUCAUCGAUUAAAUCAGAGCCUGAUGAUGACGAAGUGGGAGGUGAACAGCUGCUUGAUACGUCAUCUGUUGAGGUCCCGUUGGCGCCGCGUGACUCGGCGCCCGUGCAGGCGCGUCCUGUGACGUCACGCCAAAAGCCGACGCCGGCGAGGAGUGUGACGUUGCCUGUGACGUCACGCCAAAAGCCGACGCCGGCGAGGACGUACUUAAAGAAACAUCAAAGACUUCACACUGGUGACAAACCAUACAAAUGUACGGUAUGUGAUAAGAAAUUUGCACUUGUUUCAUAUUUAAAAUUACACCAAACUGUUCACACUGGUGAGAAACGACACAAGUGUGAAGAAUGUAACAAACAAUUCAGAGAUAAAAGUGGGUUAAACAAACACAAAAAAAUUCACACCGGCGACAAAAGAUAUAGCUGUGAACAAUGCGGCAAACGUUUUAUACAAAAGAGCGCUUUAAUUUCACACAAAAGAGUUCACACAGGUGAGAAAUUAUAUAAGUGUGAGGAAUGUAACGAAUUAUUUCGAAGGAGAAACUCUUUAAAUAAUCAUAAAAAAAUUCAUGCUCGAGGUGAUAUUUACAGCUGCAACGUUUGCGAUGAGAAAUUUCCACUAAAAAAACUUUUAGAUAAACAUAAAAAGGAGCACAUUGGAGAAAAAGCUUUCCGCUGCGAAGAAUGUAACAAGAGAUUUAAGAUACAAAGUCAUUUAGUUAUCCAUAAAAUAACUCACACUGGAGAUAGAGCAUACGUCUGUGACAAGUGUGGUAAGCAAUUUAAAAGAAAAGGUAAUUUAGAUCAACAUAAAAAGAAUCACGCAGAAUAAUCUCACAGUUGUAAUAAAUGUAACAAGCAAUUCACACACAAACAUCAGUUAGAUGCUCAUGAAAGAAGUCACACUAAAGAAAAAGCAUAUAUUUGUGAAAAAUGUGGUGCGCGAUUCGCGCAAAAUUAUAUUUUACAGAAACAUAAACAAAUUCUUAUUGAAAAGGUACCCGGUGACUGAGUGACUGAGGAAAUGAACUAAAAGGAAUUAAUAGUAAAGAUUAAUACAAAUAGUGUAUCAAACAAUGAUUUCAAAAGUAAGGAUAAACACGUUCAUACAAUUCCGACCGAACAUUCUCAUUAAGCAACACAGGCGCCAUCUGUUGUAUAGUAUGCGUAAUACCGGCUAAGUCAGAGAUAGGGCUUCCAAAUACCGAACUUCCCACAAUACCGGUAUUAACUUCGAAACUGUCGUCAUAAAUACCGGGAUCCUGGUAAUCUAACUGGUUAAUUAGAUUAGGCCGAAUAUAGAAUAGUUGCCAAAUAUUCGUAGCAUAUCUACUAUCUCUAGUCUUAAUCUUCAUUCACGGAGCCGAACGAUGAAUAUUGGCCUCGGGUGCUACUG